AUGACGGAACAAGCAGCGCAGACAUUCCAGCGAAUCAUAGCAGAAAAUCGAGAGCUUCUUGAGAAGCUGCAAGCGAAUCAGCGAGAAAUGGAGCAACUUGCCAAUUACAUGCUCUCAGUGGACCUACAGAGUUCACACGAAUCUGUAAAGAGUGGGCCCCCAAACUCCAAGUUCGGUAGAGACGGGUCUGUAGGACUGCCGCUGGAUUCUAUAUCCUCAGCAAGAUCGAAUUCGCAACGAUCGUCUCAUGUACCAGCUGUCGGUAAACCACAACCUAGCUCGGCCUCAAAGCGUCGUGAGCGUACAAUGAGCUUCACAUCUUGGAAGGGGCGUGAACCUCAAGCCUCUAUCGAGAAGGCCCCGUCCGCGGAUCCUUCACAUGCCCGUAUAUCAGACUCGCGUCCAACAGGUACUAUUCGCUUCAUACCAGCGCCUCGGCCCGCAAUCAUCCCCCGCGCAGGUUCUCCGGUUGAAGAGGAUGAUACAACGGAGGACGAAGCGGAGGAGACAAAGACUGUGUAUCUACGUAGAAGCAGACAGAAUCACCAUGUCACUGCGCUCGAAGCGAGAGAAGAGCUCUACGGUCCAGACGACCGGUGGUACCUUCCACGCCGCUGA